AUCGAACCGACCAUCAUCUUCAUCGACGAGAUCGACUCCCUACUGAGUGAACGGCGUCAGGCUGACCACGAGGCUACCGCAAUGCUGAAGACACAGUUCAUGAGUCUGUGGGAUGGACUAAGCAACGACACAGACACACAAGUCAUUGUCAUUGGAGCUACCAAUAGGCCUCAGGUGGGCUUUAUCUGA